AUGUCAGAAGUUACUUUGCGGAGCCUUUUUUCAAUGAAAGAGCGUGGACUACAGUCGCUGGUACAACGUUCCCCUCCGGCUUUUCCAGUGACUGGCUAUAAUCCUGAAAACAACACGUGGGACGAAGUGCGUGUGUUGCUGGUGGGUGCAGGUGGCAUCGGUUGUGAAGUCCUACACGCGUUAGCACUUAGUGGGUUUACGGAUAUCACUGUGAUUGAUAUGGACACCAUUGAGCUUUCUAAUCUUAACAGACAGUUUCUCUUUCGUGAGACAGACAUUGGUCGUAGCAAGGCGGAGGUGGCCGCUGCUUUUAUUGAAGGACGUUGCCCAGGUGUACGGGUGCGUGCCCUGUUUGCUCGCGUUGAAGACCAAAGUGAAGAUUUUUAUAGACAGUUUCAUGCGAUUAUUUUAGCAUUAGAUUCUGUAUCGGCUCGAAGAUGGAUGAAUCAGAAAAUUGCUGAUAUAGCUCUUUGGGAGAUUGUUGAGGUUUCCCAAGAUGAGGGGAAAUACCCUAAGAGACGCCGAGAGAAGCGCAUUACUAGUGCCAUUCCCAUUAUUGAUACCGGUACCGAAGGGUAUGAGGCUUCUUGCCGUAUUAUUUUACUAGGUGAGCAAUCUACUCCAUGCAUAGAGUGUAUGCUUGAACUUUAUCCACAGCAAAAGAGGGUUCCUCUGUGUACUCUUGAAAAUGUCCCACGUUCACCAGAACACUGUGUUCUCUAUGUGCAAUUUAGACUAUGGGAAGAGAUGAGGCCAGGUGAAGCACUUGAUACGAAUAACAUGGAACAUAUUAGGUGGAUUUGUUUAAAAGCACAACAACGCAAAGAGGCCUUUGGUAUUACAGGCCCAGAUAUUAACGAACAAUUUACAAUAGGUGUUGUUAAAAAUGUUGUACCAGCUGUUGGAUUUACCAAUGCAUUUGUAGGUUCACAAGCAGUACUUGAACUUUUUAAGCUGUUAACAGGUGUUGCACCUUCUGUGAAUUGUUUUUCAUACUUUAAUGGGGCAGCAGAAUCUGGAGGAUUGACAUCAUAUGUAACAAGUCUCUCUGCUAAUCCGGCAUGCCCUGUUUGUGCCCCGCGGCCUUUGCUUUUGCUUACUUCAGAAAUGAGACCACAUGAUGUACUGGUCGCUAUUGAAGAGCAAAUUGGAUUUCCUGUUGUAGGAGAAGAAAUGAAUGGUAUUCACGCUUCAGAAAAAAUGGAUGUGACUCUGCGUGUACGUUUUGAAAAGGGCAAUGAAGUCUAUCUCAUUUACAAAUCAAACAACCCGUUGAAAAUACCUUUGUAUGGUAAUACCAUUGAAGAGAUAUUCGCUGCAUCAGGAUAUGCUGAUAGCUUUAUACAAUGGUGUGAUGGAAAUACAUCUGCAUUUAUAGUUGAAUGUAGUGGUAUGGACAUUUUCAUCGUUGCUGAAGCUCUGAUGACUAGAUGUCUUCCUCCAGCAUGA